AGCAACUCCAACGGCUUCUUCAAAUUACACUAGUCAAAUUUCAUUUAGCUAGCUAUUUAGCUAUAUAAUGGAUGGGAAAUCCAACAGUUAAUCUAUCCAUCCCUCCUCCCACGCGUUAUCCUCUUCCUCUCGCCCACACUCUGCUCUCUACUCCUCUCCGCCCCGGCGACUGGGCAGCCACGGCCAGCCGGAGGGCGCGUGGCCGUAGGGCGGUGGUCGGAGGGCGAGCGGGCCAAGGGCGUGUGAUCGGAGGAGGAGCGGUUGCGCUGCGAGUGAGCGGUGGGCGGUGGCCGGAGGUGGAGGAGCGGGUGGAGGCGGCGGAGGAGGAGCUGGUGCGCGGCGAGCGGGCGGAGUGCGGCAACCGGAGGGCGAGCGGGUGCGUGGUGAACAGGCCGAGGGUGCGCGGCCGGAGGGCGAGCGGGCGGGGCACGACCGCCUGCGAGGAGAAGGCGGCGGUCGAGCUUCAUGGAGGGGCGGGCGGCGGCGGCACGCUCGGCGUCGAGCUUCGUGAAGCGGCGGCGAGCUUGGUGGAGGUGUGUGCUGCGGAGGGGCGCGCGGCAGCGAGCGGUGCGAAGGGGCGCACACGGAGGCCUCCUCGGAGAGGCGAGCGGCGGAGGUCUCCUCGGCGGGGCGCACGACGGAGGCCUCCUCGGAGGGGCGCGCAGCAGGAGCUCCGCAGAGGGGCGCACGGCGGCGGGGGUGUCGGCGAAGAGGUGGGCCCACGUGAAUCAAAAGGAUACCGAAUCGCUGGCUUCUGCAUUUUUGCCUCCCAGGUGGCUCGCAACACUCAAUCAAUUAAAUGGACCGGCCCAACCGUGGAAUCGUGUGUUUCGGACCAUCAUCUACAACGACAAAAAAUUCCCCCGCCCCCCUCUCCCGGUCUCUUUGUCACGCUAUUACGUGGUUUCAGCGGUUAUAAGCAAAGUUCCUGGAAUGCGGGGCUGAUCCCUACCUUUUGAAGUA